CGUAGUGGGAUGAAGUAGCUCCUAUUAUUUGGUAAACAGUGACUUAUGAUUUUUUUUUUUUUUACAAAUUAGAACAUCAGAGAAGCAAAGUGCGAGUGAAUACGUUGUGUUGAUGACUACCGGACGGUCUUAAAAUCGCCUUAUCCUACCAUCCCCCACCUAUCUCUUAUUUAGUUGAUUCGUCAUUAAUGUCCCCAAAGAGGAAAAAAGUGAAAGGUAAAGGAAUAAGGAAGAAGCCCACACACACUACUGAGAUUGAGAUUAAAAGUGAGAGUGAACAGAGUAGGGAGGAAGAGGGUGGAAGUAAAAAUAUUGUUUAUCUUUCGUCUGGCAGCCCGGGUGAGGGGGAUAUUGGCGCGUCCUCUCUCUCUGGAAGGCUUCGACGUCAACCCAAGCUUGAAAUUAAAGAUGAAGCACUUACAAUUGACGAGUCGAGUGAGGGGGAGAGGAAACAGUCAGUUGACCUUCCCUCAACGUCUCAGCCUCUACCCAAGAAGAUCAAAGUAUACGAAAUGGCACCUUACGAAGACCCCGAUAAGGAGAAGAGGAGACUGAACGCUAUCAUGGCCAGGAAGAACAGAGAGAUUAAGAAAAGAGAGAUCCAAGGCCUAAAGAAAGAAAAUCAAUCUCUGCGUCACGUGAUCGCGCAGUGCAACAAAGUCCUCAGAAAAACCAACAGCGAUGUCCAGCAACUGCGGCUCGAGCUCAAGAAAUCUAAAAAAUUCAAGUUACAAUUUGAGGAGACUGUUAAGUCCAAAAACAGAGAGUUACGCGAUGCCCACGACAAGUUAGUAUUGUAUCGUGGCCACAUCGAGCUUAUCGCCUGCAGCCUCGAGGAGGACAAUCCUGCUAAGAAGUUAAUCGAGGCCUUACUGAAGCGAAUGCCAGCCUCGAGAUCAUUUACUGAUGAUACUACUGCUGGUGUUGGAGCUUCCACCUCCUCAGUGGACCCUGUCAAGGUCAAAGAGAGCGUCGAGUAAUGCUCUAUAGUCUUUACUAACAGGUUGAUAGUUUACCCCUCCACACACACACACACACACACACAUGCAUUAUAAGCUCGCGCACCUUAUAAUAAAAAUAACUACGCCCGGCAUUAGUUUUUUUUUGGGGGGGGGGACUUAUAAAGGUUUUAUUAACAUUUUAUUUUUAAUUGCACUACACAAACUGCUACACGCUUAUACACGAAUUCAUCCUACAUUGUAAUUUCUCCCAACUGACACAAUUUCCCUCCUCGCCCCUAGCACCCUGUCUCCCCCCUCCCUACAGGAAGACACCUUCAGGCUUUUACGCCCUUAGUGCAUGAGUCAUAAAGGCAAGCAUGAACUCGCAUGCUCCCCAGCUGGACUCUGUAAACACUUCUGCGCUUCACCUUGCGCAGGAUUUAAGGGGUUGCCCAAUAAACUAGCCCCCUCGGGGGCAAAAAAAAAAAAACCUACCCAGACGCAUCCCUCCCCUCUCCCUCCCGCUCACUAGAGAAUACUUUGAAGUCACAUUUCAGAGUUCGGGAUUCACACCUCCAGGAGAGAGAGGAUUGGCAACGCUUAGUGAUAAACGCGAGAGUGGAGUCAACUAUACCUUCAUGCUGUCUGCCCGAAGUAAGACGUUCAACCGCAUUCAAGAUGAUGGAACGUAGGGUAUUUAGCUGACUGAUGUUCACCUGGCAAUCUUACGAGCAACAAAAACACACUCAGUAGAUGUUAGAGUGUGUAUGUGUGAUUAUUAAGUGUGUAUCGGGAUAAAACAACAAAGGUCUUCAAGCGUGUAAUUAGGUCAGUAAUUAUACGCUGAAGUCUCUCUCUCGCUCCCUGCUGAUUUUUUUCCUCAUAACUGUACAUUAAUAAUUUUGUAAGUGCUCCCCGACCUUCAACGAGGAAAUGGUCAUUAUAAAUCUCACUGGUAAAACUGUUAAACUCUUAUCUUCAAUAUUUAAUAGAAUUCACAAAUUAUGAUUAGUGUUAAGAAAUUACGCAGAAAGCUUUGAACUACGAGUACGAGUAGAAAUAAUAGCGUCAUAUUCACCUAGCCGGUGUCUCAGAUGUCGCGUUAAAUUUCUUCAGGUUAGAGAAUAAUAUUUACAAAUCAACAAAGAUGUCAGAGAAAUUAACACUCGAGGAAAGAGUUUAAUAAUAUGAUUUAUGUAUGGAAAGCCUUACGCUGCUUACCAACCAGUUGUAAAAUAAUUUGAUCAUCAACACCCUGCUGGCAAAUAAUUUGUCGACUAAAUAAUGAUUCCUUCACCUGAACGAGGAAAUAAAGAUAAAAACAUUA